AGGGGUGUAUCCGAGUGCAGAGCUUCUCCCGCGUCAUAGCAACCAAACCGCUCGCCGGCUACCAGCCCCUCGCCGCGCCGCAGAGCAGCAAUCAGCUCCUUGCUACUUGGAGAGCUCCAGACGCUAACCCGUCCCUCCCCUCUCCUCUCUCACUCUCCCCUUCUCUCUGUCUCUCUCUGUCUCCUCUUAUUGCUCUCUCCUCACUCCUGCGGCGUUGCUCUGGGCUUGACGGGGGAGAUAGCAAGCAGCUCCUGGCUCAGUGAUUCUGCAUGACUGUCACAAAGAUGUCAUGGCGCCCGACCUACCGAAGCUCCAAGUUUCGAAACGUCUACGGCAAGGUGGCCAACCGGGAACACUGCUUUGAUGGUAUCCCCAUCACCAAGAACGUCCACGACAACCACUUCUGCGCCGUCAACUCCAAGUUCCUGGCCAUCGUGACCGAGAGCUCCGGAGGUGGUUCCUUCAUCGUUGUGCCCGUAUCCCAGUAUGGCCGAAUAGACCCUCGCCACCCUAAAGUUUGUGGUCACCAAGGUAACGUGUUGGAUAUCAAGUGGAAUCCGUUUUUUGAAAACAUUAUCGCCUCAUGUUCUGAAGACACAUCGGUGCGAAUAUGGGAGAUUCCGCAGGAGGGCCUGCGGCGGAACAUGACCGAGGCGGUGCUGGAGCUGUACGGUCACAGCCGGCGCGUGGGCCUGGUUGAGUGGCACCCCACCAGCAGCGGCAUCCUCUUCAGCGCCGGCUACGACUACAAGGUGCUGAUCUGGAACUUGGAGGUCGGGGAAGCGGUGAAGAUGAUCGACUGCCACACAGACGUGAUCCUCAGCAUGUCCUUUAACACGGACGGCAGCCUGAUGGCCACCAGCUGUAAGGAUAAGAUACUACGGCUGAUGGAGCCGCGCUCUGGCAGAGUCCUGCAGCAAGCCAACUGUAAGAACCACAGAGUGAAUCGUGUGGUGUUCCUGGGGAACAUGAAGCGGCUGGUAACCACAGGAGUGUCACGCUGGAACACCCGACAGAUCGCCCUCUGGGACCAGGAGGACCUGUCGAUGCCGAUGGUGGAGGAGGAAAUAGAUGGUCUCUCAGGACUACUGUUCCCGUUCUACGAUGCAGACACACACAUGCUAUACCUGGCCGGCAAGGGAGACGGCAACAUCCGUUACUUUGAGAUCACCACGGAGAAGCCCUACCUCCAGUACCUGAUGGAGUACCGCUCCCCGGCCCCACAGAAGGGACUCGGUGUGAUGCCAAAGCAUGGUCUGGAUGUGGCAGCAUGCGAGGUGUUCCGCUUCUAUAAGCUGGUGACCCUCAAGGGCUUGAUUGAGCCCAUCUCUAUGAUCGUGCCGAGGAGAUCGGACACAUACCAGGAGGACAUCUACCCUAUGACCCCAGGAAUUCAACCCGCGCUAACGGCCAGCGAAUGGAUCAGUGGCAUCAACAGAGACCCAGUUCUGAUGUCCUUGAAGGAGGGGUACCAGAGGUCAGACCAGCUGGUGUUCAUAGCCCCCGCUAAGGAGAAGAAGAGCGUGGUGGUGAAUGGAAUUGACCUCUUAGAAAACGUACCACCCAGGACCGAGAACGAGCUCCUGCGGAUGUUCUUCAGGCAGCAAGAGGAGCUGCGGCGACUAAAGGAGGAGCUGGCCACUAAGGACGUGAGGAUACGGCAGCUGGAACUGGAGCUAAACAACCUGAAGAACGUUAGCCCAAACAAUGUCUGACCUCUGACCCCCCCCCCCCCCCCUAUUCCCCCUCCGGACUGACCAUUCAGAUCCUUAUGCUACCCAAUCAAGCCUCUUUUAAGCCACUACCCCUGUCCCCCCCUUCCAGGCCCACUGUGAGCACCUUGUGACUGACUAACUUAACCUCUGCUCUGGUCUGGGUGGCGCAACAAAAUUCAUGUAAUCACUGCAAUCAUGUUAAAUAAUCAACCGUUUCAUGGGUUGUCACCUUAUGAUUCCUUAUGCUUUUUUUUUUCAUCCAGACAAUACUUUGACUUUUAAGGAAGUUGCUACAAGUCAAUAACACACAAAAACAAAAAAACAAAAAAAAAAAACAGGCACAUAUUCACAUAUACUUACUACACACACACACACACACACACACACACACACACACACACACACACACACACACACACACACACACACACACACACACACACACACACAUACACACACACACACACUCCUCCCUCCAAUCUGUUUCCAUUUGCUUGCGAAAAAGCAAAAAACAACAAUCAGGGAAAAGGACUGUUUCUCCUGUUGCGUGUUUCCUUCUUCCCCAAGGCCUUAGAUCUCUGGAUCACAGCAAGUUGCAGCCACACCUGUGUCUAUAAAUGACAGCAAAUUAAGAUAGUUUGCUUGUGUCAGAUGUUGGCGGGCUCUGAACAUUUUCAGACAGAAGGAACCUAGAUGUUUGUAUGAACUUUCCUCUCCUACAACUGUAUGAAGCAAAUAUUUUCUGGUGUAUAGUUACUAGCGGUCUGAAGCAUUGUUUGUCCAACCAUUGCUUUUUUAGGGAUGCCUUUAGUGUGUGUGGGGGUUAAUGCUUAUAUUUUGAUAUUGCUUUUAUUUAUUUGUCACUUUUUACCCUUUUCUGCUAAUAACACACAGUAUGGCUUUGAGGGGAGUGUUGUAUGUCAUGGUGGGACCGAUGUUGAUUGCGUUACUCAAUUGGGAUCUGUGGCGUUAUCUAGAAUAUCAAGCUGCCUCUUUACUGCUUCAAAAUAACGCUGCAAUGAGUGUGUUUGUCUAAGGUUACCAGGACAGUACAUGUAUGUUUUUGACGAAGAAAGCCCACGACUGCUGUUUGGAUGGGUUUGAGUAUUUACCACCGAUAUCUGGAGAACUUCCCUCAGACUGAACUAAUGCGACUCUGAACAUUUUUUCAUCCUCAUACCUUCCUCUUCACGUCAGUGUUUUCCUUUACAUGAGGUUCAGAAAAGUUGUGAGAUUGAGAGAGAUUACAAGUUGAAAAGAAAGUGAUUGUGUUACUGUACGUGCAGCAUAUAAACUGCCACUCAAGAGUGUCGAAUCUAAGAUGAAAUCAGACUGCUGACAUCGCUAUUCCAAAUAUACCCAAAACCUUUCAUAUAGGGAUUGUGUCGGUUGGCGUUUCUUUGUGUUUCUAUGCAAAAUGGCAAGAUUCAAUUUUCUAAUUUCACAAAAAGAUUAUCUCCCAAAGUAGCUCAAACUGCAUUAUCUCUUACAGGAUUUAUUUCUAAAAAGCAACCACAAUAAAUGAACUUGGAUAUGGUGUA